UAUGUAGUAUUAAAGUUUCAUAGCAAUUAAAAAUUCACCUCAUCUUUCUAAUGCUUCUACUUCUCCUACAGAAUAUUGCCCCUCAGAAGAGUAUCUUAAUAUGUUUAAUAUUUCAAUUUUUAUCCCGAUUUUGUAUUGGGUUUCAAUCGACAGAGCGUUUACAAAAUUAUUCAAAAUGUCAUAAAGACGUAAAAUAACCACAAAGAGAUGCAAAGUGACCACAGUCACAAAAGACUACAGAUGACACCUUCUUAACCUGCCCCUACAAAGUAAGUAGGGGAAGUAACCUGAAAUUAAUUCAUUCUAAAAUGCUGCCUUGUGAGUAAAGAUGAAAUUAUAUCAGUAAGGCUAUCAUCAGAAACUAUACUUAAGUAAAAUACAUAUGCAGACAACACACUCUGACCUUCUACCUCUGUUCUCGUCAUUUUCCCAUGUACCUUCUUCGUCGACAAAGCGUUUAUUUUGAAAGCCACUACCGGAAGGCCUGAGUUUUAUUUUGAUGAAAUUGACCCUGGUCCCGUUAUCUUCGCGUUAACUGUCUGAUUUGGGGAGUGUGAGAUAUCGUUCAGGGAUGGGGCGUAAGAGAAAAGAAGACUCCGUUCAUCAGAAAACUUUUAUGAAAUUCACCUGCAGGAUUUGGAAAAUGUUUUCGUUGCCGAAGUGGUGGAUUUUUAUCGUUUGUCUGACAGGCAUCCUCCCUCCCUGUUGCUCAGGGGUCCACGUCUUUGUGAGAGAUAAUAAGAGGCAUGCUGUGCUGUUCCAGUCAGUGGUUCUGCCAUGUCAGUACACCAGUGUGUCCAUCCAGACCCCUGUGGUACAAUGGGUGUACAAGUCGUACUGUCGUGACCGCACGCGGGAUUCCUUCAGCUACCCUGAUAGCCUGAGUGGAAGCAUGGGAGGAGGUGGGUUGAUGGGUGGAACUGGAGGAGCCAGUGGAGGAUACAAGCCGGGGAUGACGACGAGCUACCUCGACUGCUCUGACAGCAGCCGGACGGUCCGAACUGUGGCCUCCAUCUCUGGUUCCUCAGUCACACUGUCAGAGUACUACAAAAACAGAGACAUCUCCAUCAUCAACAAGGCAGAUCUGAGGAUAGGAGAGGUCCAGUGGGGAGACAGUGGAGUUUACAUCUGCAAAGUGGUUAUAUCUGAUGAUCUAGAGGGAGAGAACGAAGCCUCUGUGGAGCUGCUGGUUCUGGGUUUCUCAGGUGUGCCUGAAGAUCUGCUGCCAGACUUUGAUUUGAAGAUUAUGCCAGAGUGGGUGUUCGUGGCAGCGGUGGCAUUGGGGAGUGUGUUAUUCCUGCUGUUGGUUGGGGUUUGUUGGUGUCAGUGUUGUCCUCACUCCUGUUGCUGCUACGUCAGCUGCUGGUGCUGCCCCGACACAUGCUGCUGUCCCAGGCACCUGUAUGAGGCAGGCAAGGGUAUAAAGACAGGCACCUCCACCCCACAGACACCUGCCUACCCUCCAUUCUUUGUCUCUGGUGUCCCGGCCAUGGUCCCCAUUGCUCCCCCCUCCCUAGUGGACAAGAUGUCUUCUGUCCCCCCCUCAGAUGGCAGCCUACUCACAGCAGUGCCAAUGCAUGCUGUAGGGGUUCCCUACCGUGUGCCUUCACCUCAGGAUCAGGACUCUCUCAGGGUACUACAGUAUGUAGAGCAACAACUGGCUCACUUCAACCCUGCCAGGUCCAUCAGCCACCAGUCUUGUAGUCUUUCUGAGCUGAGCUCUCUCCACGAGGGAGAAACCGGCUUCCGGCAAACAUACCGAAACGUCCAGAAAAAAGCUUUGCCCACCAUCCCUGACCACAACCAUCAGCCUGAACCCCAGCGCCACCGUGACAACCGCAGCCCAGAGCCACAGGUUUACCGUGACAACCCCCCUUCACCCCAGCGUUAUCGUGAUGACCUCAACACAGAGCCCCGGAGGUGCCAGGAUGAGCCACUCCCUCCACGACGAUACAGCGACGACCCUCCUUCCUCCUCACAGUCACGCAGGCCUGGUCGUAAUCAACAGAAACAGAACCACAGCGAGGAGGACAACCACAACAGGUGGAACCCACGUUCAGAACAUCUGCAGAGGAAAACAUACCGUACUGCAGGACGCACCGGCUCACUGGAUGAGCUGGAGGAGUUUGCUGUUUCUUAUAAGCAGAGAGGAGCCAGAGGGGCAGAGAGGAGGGAAGAACAACGGGGCGACUAUGAGAUGGAGUUUAUGGAGUUCAGUCGAUAUCCUUCCUACCGUGAUGGACCACCUCAGCAUUACCACAGUGAUGAAAAUGAGCUCGAAGACAACAGGGACCUUGAAGAUCAUCCCAGGCGAAACAAGAAAAAUGGACACAACAUAAGCCCACUUCCUUCACCCAAAAAGAGGAGGGGCACUUGUGACAGUGAGCAUCCUGUUCCACCUCCUCCCAGAGUCAGUCCGCCAUCAACUUCCUCUCAAGAGAAGGACUAUGAUAGCACAUUCCUGAACAGCCUGCUGGAACGCAAGGCUAAGUUGCGUGGGGUCAGCCAGGGGAAGAGCGGGGCCCGGGGUGAGGAAGAUUCAGACACACCCUCAAAGGGCAGCUCCAAAAAGAGCAGUGGGGAAUCUAGUCGGCACUGCAGCCGCUCACCUAGUAACAGGCCUGAGGCAGAUUCACUGCCUCCUUACUCAGACACAGAGCGAAGCAGAACUGACAGGCCAUCUCCACGGCUACCCCCCACAAUCACUCGCUCCUGUCAACCUCCUGCCCAGUCCCUGCACGGUCGAAGAGAGGAACCCAGAGACAAAUCCCGGAAAGCGAGCACCCUUCUUAGCCGAGACUCCCUCAUCGUCUGAUCGACUGAAAACCACAGACUAAAAUCUUCCAGCACACAGAGUGUACGGCCAUUAAACUCUACAGGAGCUGCACGUCAGCUUGGAAAAGAUGAUGGAAUUGACUUUGAGCGUGGAAACCUGAAUCAGUACCGACGAAUGAAGAAAUGGACACUUUUACUGUAGAGACUGUUACUGGGUCUUUCUGCCUGUAACGUAACUGAGUGAUGAAGUCACCACCGCUCAGUUUCUGACUCCGGCUGCCUCUUAUAUAUAUCUCAGCUGGACUAACAUUGAACUAAUGUGGGCUGGGUGUAUGACCUGGACUGUCUCUCUGAGCAGGACACUGUCAGUCUCCCCUCAUCCCUUUGUAAAAGGCCCUGAAGCGGAGAGACUUUUCUUCUUCUCGCACAAUGAGUGCAUUCAUUACCAUUUGAUGAGAUAUCUGUAUUUAGAAAGCUCAGUUGUGGAGUAGAUGGUAUAUGACAACACCAUUAUUGUAAAGGAUAAACUGUAGCUUCAGUUGGAUGACAAUAUACACACUGUGCCAUUCAGUAACAUUCAGGGACUAAAGCACCGAAUUCAGAAGGCUUUAACGAGGAGACUUUAAAGUUAACUAAAGCUGGAAGUAGUGACCAACAUUACCAAAUGUUGACAUGACUUGCAUCGCCAGAGGGGGUGGACAUAAUAAUGUGAACACCUCAUGAAGAAGGACUAUAGCUCUUCAAGCUGAAUUAAAGCCACAAUAAUAAAAAAGCCACAAAAAUAACUGUUUGCUCCAAGGAACUAAAACCUGAUGAAAUGUUGUCUUUUUUAUAAACAUUUAAGAUUUUAAACUGCUGUUUGUCUGGAAAUGUUUGUACUACAGUAUGAAGACAUUUUUAAUGUCAUAUAAACUCGACCUAUUUAUGUGUGAGGUGUGAUAUGGUGAUUGUUGUAAUUUGUAAUUGAUAAUGUUUGUCUAAGCACUCCAGUGCGACUGUGUACAUAAUUGGCAUGAUUGUAAUGCUGUAAUUCAGCCAUUUCUUAUCACUGCUGAGUCAACAGCUAAACCAACACCUUCAUGUGUUAUCUAACAGCCACACGCACGUAUACAAAACACACAUUAACCAACUGAUUUUUGGACGUCUAUCAGUUACAUUACUUAUUUUGUUCUAAUUUUACACCAUAAAGUAUUUCAUUAUUCCUGCCUCCAUGGUGGUUAAAUUUAUCUUGAGAAAAGUCUAAUGUUAGUGUUUAGUUUUCUAAUGCUGUCUGGUACUGACAACUGUGUGGGUGUGUGUGUGUGUGUUUGUAUGUGUAUGUGUGGGAGGGAGACAGAGAGAGAGAGAGAGAGAGAUGACUUUACUUUUCUAUAAAGGAGACAAUGUGUAACUGA